AUGCCCAUCGGAAGCGACCUGCUGGCCAGCAUGGCCAAGAGAAAACUUGCUCGCAGUGCUCGUGUGGCUAGUUGGGAUCAGAAGGGCCUCAACGAAGACGCCUUUGUUGUGUUACCGGGAGAGUCCAUCGUUCUUGCCGAUCUUGAAGGGCCCGGUGCCAUAACUCACCUGUGGUUUGUGCAGACAUGCCGCAAGAUCCUGGGCCCUGGGUUGAUUCCAUACUCCAAGUCCGGCGUUGCGAUGAUGGAAAUCCACAACGCUCUCGGCCUGAACUACGAAGUCAGUGAUCCCGACUACUACCGCAAAGUGCUCAUCAAGAUGUACUGGGACGACUCGACUACUCCAAACGUCAUUGCGCCUAUCGGCGACUUUUUCUGUCUCGGUCAUUCUAUGGCUGCCAACUUUCAGUCUCUCCCAUUUACGGUGUCGGUUAAGCCGUCGGAGGAGAAGAAAUUUGGUGGCGCUGCAGCGUUCAACUGCUACCUUACGAUGCCCUUCAACAAGCGUGCGCGUAUUGAGAUUGAGAACGAAAACGACGAGGCUUAUUUUCAAUAUUUUUAUAUAGACUAUGAGCUGUAUGCGGAGCCUCUCCCGGCCGAUACGCUAUACUUUCAUGCACACUGGCGACGCAUGAAUCCCACCAACGGAUGGGCACCGUCUCGCAUUCAGACCAACAGCCUCGAGACCCAGAUACCAAAUCUCGAUGGGAAGGAUAACUACGUUAUUUUGGAGACGGAAGGCGCUGGCCAGUACAUUGGCUGCAACCACUCCGUCGCGCACUUCCAGGGCACGUGGUGGGGCGAAGGCGACGACAUGAUCUUCAUCGACGAUGACACUUGGCCGCCGAGUAUGCACGGCACUGGUGGAGAGGAUUAUUUCACGCAAGGCUGGGGCAUGCAGAAGAACGCGUAUCCCUUCUGCGGAUCUAUCAUUCACGAAGAGGACGUGCCCAACUACCAGGUCAGCUACCGCUGGCACCUUACGGAUCCCGUGCGCUUCAACAAAAAGAUCAAAGUAACCCUUGAAUCUGGACAUGCCAACCAUUUGCGCGAUGAUUGGAGCACUACCGCGUACUGGUACCAGACUCUGCUUGGCCCUAAGCUCGAAAUACUGCCUGUGGAGAAACGCAUUCCUCGCAAGCCCCAAUUCCCACCGUUGGACGAUGUGCCUGAGCCAAAUGUCAACAGCAUGAGUGCGCAGCAGCAAGCUAUGGUCAAGCAGCGCGAUGAGCGGAUGGCGGCCUUUGUCAAAGAUCGGAACGAGUGGCUACAGAGAAGGGCGGGCGAAUCUCAAGAGCGCGCGCGUAACAAUGUCAUCAUCUGUGAGGACAUCCGCCGUCGUUUCCUACAGGGCCUGGGAGUGUAG